AUGACCGAGCGCUGCAGCCUGUGGAGCGCCCUGUCGGCCGCCGCCUGCUGCUUCUACCGCGGCUCCUUCGUGCAGGUGCAGUUCUCCAAGGAGAAGUACAUCCUGGACUCGUCGCCGGAGAAGCUGCACAAGGAGCUGGAGGAAGAACUCAAGCUCAGCAGCACGGACCUCCGCAGCCACGCCUGGUACCACGGCCGCAUCCCCCGAGAGGUCUCGGAGACCCUGGUGCAGCGCAACGGCGACUUUCUCAUCCGGGACUCGCUCACCAGCCUGGGGGACUACGUGCUCACGUGUCGCUGGCGCAACCAGGCCUUGCACUUCAAGAUCAACAAGGUGGUGGUGAAGGCGGGCCAGAACUACACCCACAUCCAGUACCUGUUCGAGCAGGAGAGCUUCGACCACGUGCCAGCCCUGGUGCGCUACCACGUGGGCAGCCGCAAGGCCGUGUCGGAGCAGAGCGGCGCCAUCAUCUACUGCCCCGUCAACCGCACCUUCCCGCUGCGCUACCUCGAGGCCAGCUACGGCCUGAGCCAGGCCGGCGGCAAGGCAGCCAGCCCCGCCAGCCCCUCGGGCCCCAAAGGCAGCCACAUGAAGCGGCGCAGCGUCACCGUGACUGAUGGCCUCACGGCCGACAAGCUCACCCGCGGCGAUGCCUGCCCCGCCAGCACGUCUCCGGCCCACCCUCGGGACUCCAUUCGCAACUGCGCCCUCAGCAUGGACCAGAUCCCGGACCUGCACUCGCCCAUGUCUCCCAUCUCCGAGAGCCCCAGCUCCCCCGCCUACAGCACCGUGACCCGCGUCCACGCCGCCCCUGCAGCCCCCUCUGCCACAGCACUGCCUGCCUCCCCUGUCGCCCGGCGCGCCAGUGAGCCCCAGCUGUGUGCUGGAAGCACCCCAAAGCCCCCCGGGGAGCCGGACAAGGGUCCUCACGCCAGCCCCUCGCACAGCCUCUGCAAGGCUUCGCCGUCGCCUUCGCUCAGCGGUUACAGCGACACGGACUGUGGCCACUACUGCCAGCUCCAGCCUCCGGUCCGCAGCAGCAGGGAGUGGGCGGUGCUAGACGCCUCCAGCCGGCAGGCCAGGAACCACGGGGAGAGGCCAAAGGAACUGUCGGGCCACGGGGCCCCCGAGCGGGAGCGGGAGCGGGGCGAGGCGUUCACUGUGCCCGUCGUGGAAGCCACCUCCUCCUUCAGCCCGGCCACCUUCCAGUCCGUGCUGAUGCCCAAGGACAACCGGCCCCUGGAGGUGGGCCUCCUGCGCAAGGUGAAGCAGCUGCUGGCUGAGGUGGACGCCCGGACGCUGGCCCGGCACCUCACCAAGGUGGACUGCCUGGUUGCUAGGAUACUGGGCGUUACCAAGGAGAUGCAGACCCUCAUGGGAGUCCGCUGGGGCAUGGAGCUGCUCACCCUCCCCCACGGACGGCAGCUUCGACGGGACCUGCUGGAGAGGUUCCACACCAUGUCCAUCAUGCUGGCCGUGGACAUCCUGGGCUGCACGGGCUCCGCCGAGGAGCGGGCAGCGCUGCUGCACAAGACCAUCCAGCUGGCGGCCGAGCUGCGGGGGACCAUGGGCAACAUGUUCAGCUUCGCCGCGGUCAUGGGCGCCCUGGACAUGGCCCAGAUUGCCCGGCUGGAGCAGACGUGGGUGACGCUGCGCCAGCGGCACACGGAGGGCGCCAUCCUGUACGAGAAGCAGCUCAAGCCCUUCCUCCGCGGCCUUAACGAGGGCAAAGAGGGCCCGCCGCUGAGCAGCACCACCUUCCCGCACGUGCUGCCGCUCAUCACCCUGCUGGAGUACGACGCGGCGCCGGCCGAGGGCCCCCAGCCCUGGGGCAGCACGGAGCACGGCGUGGAGGUGGUGCUGGCGCACCUGGAGGCCGCGCGCACCGUGGCGCACCACGGGGGCCUGUACCACACCAACGCCGAGGUCAAGCUGCAGGGCUUCCAGGCCCGGCCCGAGCUCCUGGAGGUGUUCAGCACCGAGUUCCAGAUGCGCCUCCUGUGGGGCAGCCAGGGUGCCAGCAACAGCCAGGCCCGGCGCUACGAGACGUUCGACAAGGUCCUCACCGCACUGUCCCACAAGCUGGAGCCCGCGGUCCGCUCCAGCGAGCUGUGACCCCAGGGACCUUGCCCUCUGCGGCUGCGGGCAGCACCGGGGGGCAGGGCUCAGAGCACCCCAGGGACACUGUGAUCAGCCCAAGAAUGUUCUGAGUCCAGCGCCAGGACCCCCCUGCACUUCAGGGUCCUGCGUGGACUCUGGGCACCCCCCCCCCCGCACCCUCCCCGGGUCGCCCUUCGGGAGGAACAGGGACCCCUGCCCCAGCUUCUGCUGCUGCCCCCAGAUCCCAGUUUGAGCCAGGGGAGCCCCUCACACCACCUCCCUCCGCUCCAGGCCUCUCCCCUGCCCUGCUGGCACCGGGUUUACCUGUAAAUACUGUACAGAGCCAC